CCACGAAACAUGAAAAAGAUAAAAUAUGUUAUUAAACUGCCGUUACGUGCUAUUUUGCCACGUGUAUAACGUGUAUUUGCAUAAAAGCGAACAAAGUUGAUAUAGUGACUAGUUGAUCUGUUGGCUAAUAAUGAUGAAAGCGGUAAUACAACCUAAAUUAACGAAAGCAGUUCUUUACAAUAAGAAAUAUAUAUAACCAUAUAAACUACAAGACUUUUUUCCAAUCGAAAUAAACGAAAUACUUCGAGGUAACGGUUGGAAAUUGUGUGCAACAGAAACUAGCCUGUUUCUUAACAAGCUGUUAUUAAACGAUCAUCGAUUUGUAAUUUAGAAGGUUAUGUAGCUGCACCACACAGACAUAAUCUGUAACCCCUUAAAGUGGGACGCCACUAAAUCUGUUUAUUUGUCCACGGUAUGCAAACAACGGCUUUGUUCGGAUCAACAGUUCAGCCAAACAUUUUAAGAGCCAUGCAGUCACAACCCUCACAAAACAUGUUUGUUCAACCGACUGUUACCAACAGUUCCAGCCAAGUACAUACAAAUUCAGCAGGUAGUUUAUAUCGAGGACCUUCCGCAAGUCCAGCACCUCGCAAUGGUACUCGCCAUGUUCCGAUUCCAGCUAUGUAUCCACAAACUAUGCAUCAAAGCGUUGUUGUACAGCCAUUCCCGCAAUAUCAGCGUCAGGCAUUUCCUGCGCCACCGUACACACAAUACCCACAACCACUACAACCAAAUUAUCCAUACCCAUAUCCCUCGUACUACCCUGUUCCUACACAGCGUGGUGCCGUAGGUGUUACAACUGGUGUUAGCAACACAAUGACAGGUCCGAAUGGCCCGAUGCCAGGACCACAAGGCGCAACACAAACACAAAUGCCAUUGGCGCCCGGAACAGUGCUAUCGGCAAGUGCAGUUCCAACUGGAACUAAUCCAACGGUAUUAGGCGUAGCCCCGAACCCUAACGGACAACAAGUGGCUGUUCAGUCAAUUGUUGGUGUUGUACAAACGACAUUACCCACACAAGCUGGUCAAAAGUCAACUCGUAGACGUCUCCAUGCUAUCAAAAUAAUUGACCCCAACACCAAUAAGGAUAUCUUUGAAGAUUAUGAUGGAUCAAAGACAUCGUCCAGUGCAGAUAUUGAGUAUACCGAACAAAACAUAUAUGUCCAACAACCGAUUGUUUUGGCUGAACAACUACGUAGUAUACCAUAUGAGAUGAUCGACAUGUCACAUAUAUCUCGGGACGGUUCUCAUAGUCAGACUCCAAUUGUGUCUGCUAUAUCUGAUGGCCCUUCCGUAGAAAUCCUGCCUUCAGUGCAAAAGCCUCGAAGUAAAAAAAUUCUUCCUAUCAUAAAUCCAAAGGAUGGAAAUUCCGUGCACACUAAAGAAAACGAAUCGAGUGAUACAAUGCCAACAAGUGGAUCACUGCAACAACAAGUACAUUAUCAGCCCCAUACAGCAUCACAUAUAGAAGAAGUUGCCUCUGCAAAAUCCGACUGUAUUCGACAGCAACUGUGCUUUUUACAAACCGAUCAACAGCAGACACACCAUCUUUUGUCUAAAACAAAAGUAAAUCAAGGGAAGGAAAUAUCAGCAGAUGUAAAUGUCAUUGCGGACGUAAUUAAUAGCAGUAGUACCGAAAGGAUUGUUGCAGACGGAAAUUAUUCACAAGCGCAACAAGUUUCCAGCCCAUCAUUGACUACUACAGUUGACACAUCAAGUAGUGUUCCAAGUUCUGCAGUAGGUUUGGGUACUAAUAGAGAUUCAGUGUAUUCAGAAUCGCAACAAGAACUUCAAACUUUUGAAUCUGAUAAGGAUGGGGACUUAGAAAAAUCUGCCGGUAGCAGCUUACCUGAAAUUACAACGAAUAUCAAUGAUACACACCUGCAGGGGACUGAUAUACUAGGGCGAAAUAUGCAACUUAUACAGGAAACACAGGAUGUAAUACAAGGAAAUAAAAGUAUUUCUAAUAUUGAUAGUGGCACGGAACAAUCUUCCGAAAGUGAUCGUAUUGAAAUUGAGACGAAAAAUUUGCCAUCAUCUUGUGAAGCGCAGAAUACUAGUGAUUUGGAAGACACCUCUAAAGUGGAAUACAACCCCAAAGUGAAUACAUCACCGUUCAGUGAACAUGAAGAAAACCAAGACAGAGCUCAAACUCGUACUCAAGUCGUACAGCCUCAGACUUCAAGAUCAAUACAUUCUGAGAAGACAAAUGAGUGUGACGAGACUGAUCAUCAACAACUUAUUGAAAACUCCGUAUCUAGUCCGGUUGGAGAGUUAACAGAAAAUGUUCAAAAGUUUACAUCUGAAACAGAGGAAAUACAGCAUUCUGCCAGUGACUUUAAAAAUAGUAACGUUAGCAUCGGAAAAAAUAUGAAUGCAAAAGAGGAGGAGUCUACUAGCAAUAUUACCUGUUCAGAAAAUAACGCUUCUAGUGUUGCUGGUCAGCCUGUAAUACAGGAAUUUCUGAUUAGCUAUAAUGAGGGUCAGUGGUCACCCAACAAUCCAUCAGGGAAAAAGCAAUACGACAGAGUACAACUUCUAAAAUUACGUGAGGCGAUAGCAUCUCGUCGGCAACCUGAAGUUAAGAAUGUGUCUAUACUACCUACGCCUAAUUUGAUGCCAUCCUUUAUUCGCCAAUCAAAACAACGUGUUAAUUGUAUGGGCAGUUCCUUAAGCACUAAUCGAGGUGUUACUGGAAAUGCAUCCGCAGCCGAUGGCUAUGGAAAUAAGCAAGCAUCUAUGUCAGGAGUGCAUGGACGUGGGAGCAUAAAAGACAAUAAUGGAAUGAUACUUGUGAACCUUUCACUCAACCAAGACGUUAAAUUAAAUGAAACUGACAAUGCCUGGCGUCCUCGAAUAUUGCUUAAACUUGAUGUCAUGGGUGAUCCAGAGGCUAAAUCAAAACGCGAAAAAGAAGAACUUAUAUGUCGUAUCCGUGGAAUAUUAAAUAAACUUACACCUGAGAAAUUUGAUGCUUUAGUUGAAGAAAUAAUUAAACUGAAAAUCGAUACUCCUGACAAAAUGGAAGAUGUAAUGGUUCUUGUGUUUGAAAAAGCGAUAGAUGAACCAAAUUUUUCAGUAUCGUAUGCUCGUUUAUGUCAUCGUUUGAUUUCCGAGGUAAAGAGACGAGACGAACGAAUGGAAAGUGGUACGAAGACUAACCUUGCCCAAUUCCGCGCAGCAUUACUUGACAAAACCGAACGCGAAUUUACAUACAAUGUUACGAAAAGUAUAGCAAAAGAGAAAAAAUUGCAGCCAAUUAUUGAAAAAAUAGCAGAAUGUACGGAUUUAAUUGAAAAAGCAGAAUUAGAGGCGCAGCUAGAAGAAGAGGAACGAAAAAUUCGCCGCCGCUCAGGUGGCACAGUACGUUUCAUCGGAGAACUUUUUAAAAUCUCUAUGCUUACUGGAAAAAUUAUCAAUUCUUGCAUUGACGCUCUGUUGAAUCCUAACUCGGAAGAUCAGCUUGAAUGUUUGUGUAAGCUUUUAACCACGGUUGGAGAAAAAUUUGAGCAAACACCAAUUAACACAAAAGAAUCAACGCGUUGUUAUUCGUUAGAAAAGACCAUGAACCGCAUGCAAGCGAUAGCAUCGAAAACUGACAAAGAAGGGGCAAAAAUUAGCUCCCGUGUCCGGUUUAUGUUGCAAGAUGUAAUUGAUUUGCGUCGAGAUAAAUGGCAAUCUAAAAGAAACGAAGCUCCUAAAACAAUGGGACAGGUAGAGAAAGAAAUGAAAAGUGAGCAAUUAUCUUCACAAUAUCUAAACUAUGUUGGAACGAUGUCAGGAGGGGGAAGCGGCGGUUCUAGUGGAUCCUCGUUAGGUUCUGGAGGCAAACGAGAUGAACGCGGGGGUGGGGGUAGAUUCAACGACGCAAGGUCCGGGUACGGAGGCAGUCAUAGUCAACGAGGAGAUACUAGUAGCAUGAGACGCCAGCAGCCAAUUGGAGGAAAUAGUGGCAAUAAUACUUCGAGCGGCCUCCAUUUUAAUUCUAAUGCCGAUGACAGUACAUGGCACGUUCAAACGAGCAAAGGAGGUAGUCGUGUUUUGGAUCCUUUGAAACUAGAGGGUUUGUCCACCGCCAAUAAUUUUGAUAACAAAAAAAUGGGCGGCGUAGGUUUGUUUGUUUGGUCAAAUGGCUCAAGGCAAUCUUCAACAGCUUCAUCCACACCUACGAAUUCUUUUGCAGCCUUAUCUACACUUAAUGAUACUAAUAGAGGUAGUGAUAGAGAUCGAAGUGGACCUCGAAAUAAAGGUUCAUAUAACAAAGGAUCUAUAGAACGUGACCGUUAUGGAAUGCUACCACGAUCUGGUUCCUCUCAAACGUCGCGAGAGAAUUCAUCAUCACGAGGUGUGCAACAAACACGUUCAGCCUUGACUACGUCAUCAGUACCGAAGACUUCAAGCCACAACAAAUACUUGCAACAGCAAAUGUCAUCCAACAGGACAACUAAGUUAACAGGUGUGGGAUCAUCUUUAUAUCCGCAACGCGGAAUUGAUUCGUAUUCCCAUUCAAAUCCACAAACGGAAAGUAGUAGUGGGAAACUAAUGGAGCCACCGGUGGCUGUGUUUGAAAAGCUCAACGACGAAGAUAUUCUAGUCAUUAAAUCGGUUGUUUCAGAUAUGGUAGAUAUAGGAUCGAGUAGCAAGACACUAAAAAACUCUGUAGAAUCCUGUAUUCAGCGUGUAAAAGAGAAUCAACGCUGUGCUCUUAUAUCUUACAUUAUGACAGAUUAUUUGCAUUUGCGACAUAUAGGGAAACUGCAAAGACGAUAUUUAGGCAAUGUAGUUGUAUCCUUAAUUGACAGUAAUUUUAUAUCUGUUAAACAUUUUAAAUUAGCUUACAAGCACUUCUGCGAAAUAGCCAGUGACUUAUCGGUUGAUAUUCCUAACCUCUGGGAGUAUAUCAUUCAAUUCACAGGGCCUCUAAUCAGCAGAAAGCUUAUGUCAAUAUCUGAUUUGUGGAACAAACAAUUAAAGGAAGUCUCAAGUGAUGACUCACGCCUCGGGAAAAAGUUUUUAAAAACAUAUCUAGCAUACUGCUUGAGUCAAAUCGGCCCUAGCUUUACGCGAUCAAUGUGGAAGAAGUCAAAUAGCAAAUGGACAGAUUUCAUGCCUGAGAGUGAUGUCCACAGUUUUAUACAAACAAAUAAAUUCGAAUACAUUGAGAACGAUAAACUACAACCUACAAUAGUAAUAAACGGGUCUAAAGACGACCAUAUAGCAGCAGUUGCAGAGAACGUCGAACAUCUCCUAAAAGAGGAAGCCCCGGCAGAUUAUAUAAUAGAUUACAUUAACGGAAACAUUGUUGAUAUUGAUAAACAAUUUAUCAGAAGUUUAGCAACUAAGUUAUGUGAUUUCGCGAUUUCAUACCGGGAAAAUAGUUACAAGUUAGAAGUGAACUGCUUCCAAAAGGUUUGCAUUCCGGUUUUACAACGCUAUAUUGACUCAAAAGAAGAAUUUGAAUUGGAAUGCUUGUACGCAAUGCAGCUGUUGGUAGCACGGUUGGAACAUCCCAGAGGUUUGCUCAGUGACCUUUUUGGUGAACUAUACGAUGCUGAUGUAAUACCUCAAGAUUCAUUUAUUAAAUGGCGAGACUCGAAAGAUCAAUCAGCUGGCAAAGGUGUUGCUGUCAAAGGACUUAAUCCAUUUUUUACUCAUAUACUUAGCAGUGAGACCAGCGACGAAAAUAAUUAACGAAUCAACAAAUUCGCAUGUACCGAAGCCUUGCGAUAAAGACCUGUUCUAUGUUUAAUGUGUAUACAAUUGGGUCGCAUUUAUCUACUGUAAAACCAUUAACACAUACUAUUAUAUGUAAAUGCGUGAAAUAGUCUAAACAAACCAUAAAUGCAUAUAUUUUGCACCGUUAAAUGAAAAAUUGAAAACUUUGGGUGAAAAUAAAUUAACGUCUUACCUAUUAAAAAAUAAAAAGAAAUGAAUAUGAAAAUAGUGUUAUAAGCUAAUCUUAUAUAAUUAUUUUGGAUUCUAUAUUUUCGGGAACAUAAUUUGGCGAACAUGUUAAGCAUAUUUAAAA